AGAAAAAAGAGAAUGAAAAGUAUAGAGAUUUUACUAAAUACAUGAAAGAAAUCCUGGAACAGUGCAGCAGUCAUCAUAAGAGUAUGAAAAUAAUUGGGUAAGUUUAGUAAAAAUUUAUAUUUUAACUAAUUUAAAUAAAACAAGUUAAAACCAUAUAGUUAACUCAUUUAAAAUAUUAAAAAGUUGUUUGACUACUUUUGUAUAGGUAUUUUUAAGGAGACUUGUCUACAAUGUGGAUGCUCAGGUCCUGAUCUUUACAUCACGGGAAUAUUUUGAUUUUUUUUUUCCACAGGCAACAGUCAGGAAUGCCGGCAGAAAUUUUCAGGAGGUUUUUUUCAGGUCCUCAUGUACUCAUUGCCCUGUACUCAGUUAUGGGAGUAACCAAUGAUGAAAGAGAUGACUUGGCAGUUCUUGAUGAUAAGGACAGCUACAGCACUGGGGUGGUUUGACAAGCAUCUCUUAAAUCAGACAUGCUGACUAAACCAGCCAGUUUUGCUGGUUCAUGUACCUAAUUAUGAAAACCCCUUCCUCUCCUCUAUAUCAGCUGAGGCAUUUUCAACCUCAGCAAUUCAUUACGUGGCCUCAUUAACAGUUGCCUUAGCCCAGCUGAGAAGAAUCUACUGAAUAGAGGGUGGAGUUUAAAACCACUGUCAAGAUCAGUGCUUACCAAAUAAUGACUUUACAGAGAUGUCUAGCUUAAUGUGCUUGUAACAAUGAGGCCACAUCCUCUAUGCAAAUAUCACCCUUCACUGGUUAAACCUGCCAUCAGCAGUGUUACACAGAUGGUUCAUACUUUCAGAGGUGGACCUGCUUUCUGCGGAGCUUUCUGUUCCUCACAAAUGUUCAUGUUAUCAUCACAACACCCAUGUGUGUUUGUGUUAACUGAGUGUCAUUGCCUCUUUAAGAAAUACCAAAAAUGACACAAAUGGGGAAUGCAAUACAACUACAAGGUUAUGCUUCCCUUUCUUCUGUGUCUGUUUCAUGACUCUGAUACCUGUUUGUAAUGAACAAACAGCCUCUAGCCAGAACGUGAAUCUCAAAAAAGAGCAGCAGGGUUUAAUUGGAAGUUGCAACAGUGAUACCGUUCCCUUCAUCCAGAAAGAUCCCUCCAGAACAGAAUGGAAGGGAACGGGGCAUUUCCCACAGUAGCACCACUGGGGCACCCAAGGACAGCAGGACAGAUACCAGACACAUUGACUGUUUUCCACUGAUCUAUAAAAAAUACAUGUGCUGACCUCAGAGAGCUCUUUCCCAGCAGUGUGGGCUGAUUUGAUCCUAUUUAGAGAGACUGUGUACGGCUGUAUCAGUAUCGUCGGUAACUUUAGAAAAAUCCUUUGGAUUCUCCUUCAGGUUUCUUCCAAGUUUAAGUACAUUAACAUUUAUUAUAUACUUUGCUCCUCAGAAGUGUAUUCCAUCUCUCCUUAGGACUUAAUCAGUGCUGACAUCUUCAUAGAAGCUAGAAUGGAGUCCUUAGACAUUUGUACAACUUUACAUUUUUGUAACCUUCAGAUAAAGGAAAAUAAAAAGCAUCUUCUCCCGAGAACCUAAGUUACACUGUCUAAUACUUUAUUUUGUCUCUAACAUCAAGAGUUAUUUCUACACUGAAGUAGCUAGUGUUUAUAUGAAAACAAAAGAAUAAGGAAUAAAUCCUUAAAUAUUCUGGUCCUAUCUGCAUUCUUGACCAUAUACCUUACAUCACAGCCUCAGGCAUUUAAAGACUUAAAUGCAAAGAUUCAAAGAGCUAGAUUCUUCUGUCCCAUAAAAACCUACAGUUCUACAUGCCAGCUUCCAUAUCCAUGUUUUUUUUUGGCAUAGGGAAAAGACCAGCCAAUUCUCACAUCUGUAUUUUUUGUUAUUAUUAUGUCAUUAAUUAAUAGGCAAUAUCAUACUUUUGGCGAUGAAAGGAACAGUUAAUAAACACAUGAGGAGUACGUAAUCUGUAAUCUAAAAUAACUACACUGAUGAUCUUGGCACAACAAGUGUUUUUUCAUGCUGUUGUUCAACAAGACAGCACAGUUCAGUGACACUCACCUUCCUCCUCAGAAGUCGUGAAGAGCACACCUGCUUUCGUGUGUUCAAACUAAAACAGUGGAAGUGCAAAAUUUUACAGGCUCCUGUUUGAAAUUCAGUAAGUGUAAUUAACACUACUAACAUAGAUAACAUCAGAUACUCUUUUUGUUUAUUGGCUUAAGUUUAAUGUUAGCAGAUUUGACUUGACUAAGCAAUGUCUAAUUAUAUCAAGGCUGAAUGUGGACUCUCAUGUCUUAUUUUCAUAAAAAGCCUCAAAGCUGAAUUCCUCUAAUGUUUAGUGGCAAGCUUUGAAUGGUAUGGCUACUGCUUUUUGAUGCACUACACCAUCCAUUUUGGUGGAUUGUGUCAAGUCCAAGGGUAUGUAUAAUACUUCUUUUUUUUUUUUUGUUUUCAGACUCUCUUUGGUCUAGUGGAACCUUUUCAGAGUCCACUUUUUCAGGGACAUGUGGCAUGGCCUGAAUCCAUGACUGUGUAGUUACCAAAACACAAGAGCACACUUGCACUUUCAACCAUGUCUGUUUCUGCAGUCCAGUUUAUGCCAUGAAAAAUGAUGCAAUAAUUAAGCCAAGAAAAUUAAUAUGAUUUCCUGUAAUGCUGAACCUUUACAAAUGCCAGAUUUGGGAAAAUCUAAAGUCAAAGCUUUUUCCCUAGACAAAAGGCACUUACCUGACUGGAAGUACAUAUUGAUGGAGCUAUUCCACGAACAAUUAGUGUUAAUAUAUUGUAAAGUAAAUGACUUUUUGACAGGCAGAAGGGCAGCUUUCUGACUCAGCUCACUUAGACCACCAUCAAGGAGACUGAAGAGAGUAACAUUUAUCAGGGCUGUCAUUGUUAUGCUGGGAUGAAGGCAAUCCUUUUAACUGGAAACUAUCACAUAAAAUAAUCUGUUAACUCAUACUCAGUAGAGUACAUCACAGUAAGAUUUGGGGGAAAACCAUUUCCCAGUAAACUGUUACAUUUAACUUUGCAAAAUUAGCCAAUAAUAAAUGAGUUCUAGCAAGACCAGUAAACGAAACAUUCCAAACAAUAUUUUCCUCUUUUCCUAUACAUCAAGUCAGUCUGUUACUGCAAUCCACUCAUAAAAACAACCUUACAGGAACAAAUAAUAAAGUUUGUGUUCUGUAGUUUUAUGACUUCGGUGGGGGCAAGAAAUACCUUAUAAUCAAAGCCAGAGGAACAGAAAAAGGCAAACUACUCCUACAGCUUCUUUCUGAGGUCUUCCCACUUAUGAUCAAACUAAUCACAUAAAAGAUCACUGUCCUGGCAAAUGCUGGUGUGUAUCAGCUGGUUAUGUGUGAAAAUUUAUUUAAUUUCAAUAAACUGUAUUUGCAUAAGUGGAAAAAGUAUUUCUGCAGAAUUUCAGUACAGAAUUCUUUGAGUUUGUCCUGGAAGUCUCAAUCUGCAUUCUCUCAGGAAGUGUCACUUAGGAUAACGCAGAAGCCAGGAAGAGAGAUGCUCUGGUGUACCUCAUAGUUACAAACAGGAAAUGUGAAGGCUGGGUCUUGGCUGUAGUGAUUAUGAGAUGGUGGAGUUCAGGAUCUUGAAAAGAGGCAACAAAGGAAAUGGCAAGAUCAUAAAAACUGCCUUCAGGAAAGCACAUUUUGCCCUCUAGAGAUCUAGAGGCAUCAGCUUGGAAGAUUUCCUUGGGAGACAGCCCUGGAGAGAAGGGUCCAGGAGCUGACUGAUUUUAAAGAAUCACCUUUUCCAAGCUCAAAAAUCUCCACAUUCAGGAAAUCAAGAAAUGGCAGGAUAAGCUCUUGGCAAAGCUGAGACAUAGAAAGAAAGCACACAUGAGGUACUAGCAGGGACAACUGAACAAGAAACACAAUUUGAGCUGUUGGUAUCUGGUUAAGAAACCCAGAGCCCACCUAGAGCUGAAUCUGGCAAGAUGUGAGAAGGGCUUCUAGAGGUAUAGAAGCAGCAGAAGACAAGAAAAAUGUGGGCCUAGUACUGGCUGGAGAUGCAGUAGCAAAGGACAAGCAAGGUCAGGAACAUCUAUGCAGACUGGACACACACAAGUUUAUGGGACAUAAUGGCAUGUGCCUGCAAGAAGUGGUAUGUGCUGAAGAAGCUGCUGAUGUCAUUGUAAAGUCACUCUUGAUAAUCUUUGAAUAGUCACAGUGACUGGGGAAGGUUCCAAGGUCUAGAAGAAAGCAAAUUGCACUCCUUUUUUAAAAAGAUUAAAAAAAGAGCAACCAAAGAACUACAAGCUGGUCAGAUCAGCCUCACCCCAAACGCUGGGAGGCUGAGAGAGCAAAUAAUCCUGGAAAACAUUUACAUUAGGAACGAGAAUGUGAUUGCAAGUAGUCAGCAUGGAUUAACAAAGAGAAAAUUAGGCCUGCCCAACCUAGCAGCCUUCUCUGAAGAGAUGACUGGCUUGGUGGACAAGGGGAGGCAUUGGAUACUGUUCAUUUUAUCAAGGCUUUCAACAGAGUCUCCUGUAAUGUUCUCACUGAUUAAGUACAAGACAGAUAACUGGACAGUGAAACUGAAAACUGGCUGAACUGUCAGGCUCAGAGGGUUGAGAUCAGUUCAGGAUCUACAGCUGGAGGCCCAUCAAAGUCCAGCUGGAAGCCUGUUUCUAGAAAUGUACACUAAGGCUUCAUACUAGGUCCAACAUUAUAUAACAUCCUGAUUAUUUCCUGGAGAAGAGUGUUUCUGUGGCAAGUUUACAGAUAAUCCAGACUUGGGAGUGGUUGAUAUGCCACAGGAUCAUGCCGGCAUUUAGAGGGACCUCCACAGACACCUUAUGAAGUCCAAUGUAUGAAAACAUUGAGCCCUACACCUGGAGAGUAAUAACCCCAUGCACCAGUACAGGCUUGUCAGCUGAAUGGCUGGAAUGAAGUUGUAGAGUAGGCUCCACAAAGUUGACUGGAUUGAGUAAUGAAUCUUUGCAGCAAUGAAGACCAACAGCCUUUUGGGUGGCAUUAACAAGAGUAUACACCACCAACAGGCCAAGCACUGCAUUUAUUCCUUCGCUUUAGCACUGAUGAUGCCAAAUCUGGAGUGUUGUGUCCACAACUGGGCUUCUCAGUACAACAAAGCAAUGGGCAUACUGGAGCAAAUCUAGCAAAUUGCUCCAAAGAUGAAUAAGGGAUUUUAGCAUUUGUCAUAUGAGGAGACAUGAGAGAGCCAAAAUUGUUUAGCUCAGAGGAGAGAUGGCUUUUUCCUGCUGUCACCUCUGGGCAGCUGUGGGAAAUGCAUGCAGACAGCUUUUCUACAAGUUUCAUCAAGCAGAUGUCAUGCAAAUGAGGUACUGCUCUUGAAGCAGUUUAAAUGAACAGAGCCACACCUUCUUUCCUGGUAAUUGGAUCUACGAUCCAAGUGUGGUUUAGCAGGGUUUCUUUACUUAUCACAUUAGCAUAUGGAAUGAUGAAAUAUCUGCAUGAAUGUUUAGAUUUCAAGCCAUCUGCUGAUUCUAUACAAAAAUUUGUAGAUUCCACUCCUGGCUGAAUUCAAUAAAUACAAACUAAAAUACGAUUUGUUUUUUUCUCUUGAAUCUGUCCUUGGAGAUUUUACAUUGCCAGCCACUCCAUGGCCCACUUCAUGAUGACCCCUAUAUUUUUGUGUACACUCUUAUAUAAUCCUUACAUACUCUAUUGCCUCAUAUCAAGGCCUCUACAGAAAGUGACAGACUGAGGUUUGAACCAUUUCAAAAACAGAAGGAAUGAAUAUUUAGGAGUUACUGCACAGAGAAUGCUUUAGCUAGUGGGAUUCUAUGUAAAAGCUGAUGCCUGCACUGAGGCUGUCACCCAUAAAUGUGACUGCUCAUUGAGGGUGUAUGGACAGCCUCAGCUUUCCUGUUGAACUACCCCCCUGGGCAGACCUUGACUCAGGGCCACUUAAUCUGUACAUCUCAAAUGGCCUGAAAUAACAUACAGCCAGCCAUAUACCAAAGUGAUUCACAGGUGUUUGAACCUGCUUAAAAGAGGCCUGGACAGAAGAUAGAGUGCCUACAAUAUUUCAGAUAUCUCACUGAGUUAAAUGAGUAUCCAUCGAUUGGUUUUUCGCAAGUGCAAAACAGCUCAGGUUUGUUUUAUAUUAUCUUGUAUCUUCCCUUAAGGACUCUGUAAAUUUAACAAAUGAAGGAUCAGAACUUUAUUUUGAUGUAGAUGAGAAAUAUUAUAUUGCUGUUGAUUAAAAGACGUCACUGUGAAACUGCUCAUUUUUACAGACAUUUAACUGACACAGUCUGGAGUACUUCUGAGCACACUUACUCUGAUCUAUGAGCCACUGAAUACUGUUCCACUGCCUGUUUUAAAUCUAGUUUUUUUUAAAGCUAUUUUUUAGGCAUAAAACUGACAGUGGAAUAGUACAGUUUAUUUCUCUAUGGUUGUACAUUGUUCUUUUCCUUCAAAGGGUAAUUGUAUUCAAGCAUUACAAUAUAUUCAAUAUUAGCAAUGGUACUUGUUUCAAGGUUAGAAAUUAAAUACAUAUAAUUUCUUACUUCACAUUUGCUUAUUUUUCUGCAUUAGGUCUGAGAAGUUGUUGGAAAGUUUCCUGCAGCCUGAAAUGACAGACAGCCUUGUAAAAAGGACACCCCUAUUUCACGACCAAGGAAUAUUGCUUAAUAGGUAUUAAUCUGAAGAAGUAUAUUUUACAAUAAAGUUUUUGACAGACUGCCAACCUUCUGAACACCCAGAGAGCAUUUAAUUUUUGUCUGAUCAGAAGCACCUAAUGUCACUGCACAUGCUACAAUGGAAAUUGUGAGACAAAGUUUUGGCAUCUGUGUUACCUGUACAUACCCUGUAGCAUCUGGUGUGGUGUUUGCCACUCUUCUAGUUUCUUGCUGCUCAUCUCUGAAAACAAGAGCUCGUCCACUUGUUUCUAAUUCACCUUUCCUUUCUAUCUGGAAUGCUCCUACAGAACUUUGUACUAAAAAGACUGGAGUGCAGCUGGACAUGAAAUUAUUUUCUCUAAUUGGAAGUACACUAAAGACAUCCAUUGGGCAAAACGUCACUCUCUUCUAUCCAGACAGGCUUGGAUACUACCCUCACAAAAAUGAAGUCACAGGAGAGGCAUUCCAUGGAGGACUCCCUCAACUCUCACUGCUGGAGAAUCAUUUAAAAAAAGCCAAAGAGGACAUCCAGUUCUACAUUCCUUCAGAUGAACAGCUUGGAUUGGCUGUCAUUGACUGGGAAAACUGGAGACCGCUGUGGAUAAGGAACUGGGGAUCAAAAGAUAUUUAUAGACAGGAAUCCAUUGAGUUAGUUCAGCAGAGAGACCUCAGUCUAUCCGAAGCCGAAGCCAGAACUAAAGCUAAAAUUGAAUUUGAAUUUGCAGCAAAAUCCUUUAUGUUGGAAACUUUGAAGCUGGGCAUAGAAACGAAACCAAAUCGUCUGUGGGGAUAUUACCUUUUUCCAGACUGUUAUAACUAUGAUUACAAAAAAAACCCCCACAAUUAUACAGGAGCCUGUUUAGAUAUUGAAAUAGAAAGAAAUAAUGAGCUUAAAUGGUUGUGGGAGAAAAGCACAGCACUUUAUCCAUCUAUCUAUCUAGAGACAGCCUUAAAAUCUUCCAGAAAUGCUCAACUCUUUGUUCGCAACAGAGUUCAGGAAGCCAUUAGAAAUUCCUAUGUCUCUAACUCUAGACAUCCCCUUCCAGUUUUUGUAUAUACACGUCCAGUAUUCACAGAUGUCUCUGAGGAAUAUCUCUCUGAGGAAGACCUGGUAAAUACCAUUGGAGAAUCUGCUGCACUGGGUGUUUCUGGAAUUGUGAUUUGGGGUGGUAUGAAUUUAACAAAAAAUAAGAACACCUGUAGAACUCUGGACAACUACCUCAGGAGGACUUUGACCCCAUACCUCAUCAACGUCACAAUGGCAGCCAGAAUAUGUAGCCAAGUGCUAUGCCAAGACUCUGGUGCUUGUGCACGGAAAAAAUGGAAUUCCAGUGACUAUCUUCACUUGAACCCUAAGAAUAUUGCAAUUCAAAUGACAAAGGAUGGAAAAUACACUUUACAAGGGCAACCAUCAUAUCGGGAUCUGCAAACAUUCAUAGAAAAAUUUGAUUGCCACUGUUAUGCAGGGCACAGCUGUGAACCUAAUGCUGAUAUAAAUGACAUCCAUUACCUCCAUGCUUGCAUUUCAGAAGAUAUUUGCAUUCAGAUAUCCUUAAAUUCUGAGAGUAAGGUGACAUUAUCUACACAUCCUGAAGUAGAAGAUUUCCAAUCUACCUUUGGAAAUAAUAUACUUAAUAUAACAACUGGAGAAUAUAAUAACACUGUUACAGCUGCCAGUAGCUAUGAUUUAGAAGAAAAUGAUACUCGUACUUUCAGUAGUUCUUCAUCCUAUAAGAUAAGGAUGUUUAGUCUGUUUCACUUAAUUCUCCUUUUGAGAACCUUAAUACAAAUGAUCCAUGAAAGUGAGAAUAUCCUUUUCCUUGACUAUAUUUGAAAUUCUCAAGGUUUUUUUACAAAACAAACAAACUAAAUAAUUCCUGAAAGGCUUAUGGUCCUUACAGGUAACCUUUUAUAAUCCACAGGUACCACUUCAGCUUGAAUGUAUUUCCUCAGUUUGGUUCUAUAAACUACUAUCUGUGCCAAAGAGAUAUUGGUCUAUAUAAAUACUGACUAUGCUAUACGAGAGGAUAAUCCAGAAUAAAAACCAUUUUUUACAGUUUACAUUUUUAACCGUUAUAUUUGGAAAAAAGUAAUGGUUGACAAUGCACUUUUGUCUACUUCAAGUUAAGACAGUUAAAUAUAUAAUACGCAAAAUAAGUCAUCAGACUUGGUGCUCUAUGCAAGAAUUAAUUUCAUUCCAUAUGAAUGGAAUUAUCUUUUAAAAUAUUUGGCUUAACUUUAGAUCUGUGGAACUUUGCAGCAUAAAAUUUAUCUUAUUAAUGUCCCUCCACUUUUCACAAAACCUUUAGGGGUGCUGUAGCUUUUAUUUAAAUUAAAUGUAUUUGUAACUCUUCAAAAGGUUCUAAUUUCAAUGUUGACUUUGAAUAUUACAGCUUCAUUAUUUAAAAAUUGAGCUGUAGCAGUUUAUCCUUUCUUCUCACAAACCCUCUCUCUUAUUUCAGAUAUCCUUGUUGCAGAAAGGCCCAUUUGUCGGGGAUGAGCCAUUUGUCGGGUUCAGGGAAAACUCGGGGCUCAAUAUGAGUCAUCAACAAGUUCCGUCCAUUGAAGAGAGCAUCAGACACCCACACAGCAAGCAAUAAGCCCAUGAACCCUCUGCAAGCCAUGCGAUCCACUGCUCAAACCACACCACCAACUCUCCCCCACUCCCCUGCGCCCACACUCCCCACUCCCCACGUCUCUCUGUCCACCCGCCACCAUACCCAGCUAGGCCCAAGGACACACCACCCCGCAGGUGCAGGACUUGGAAUUAGCCACGGCCCUGCACUUUUCCAGUCUCCAGUCAGCCAAAAUCCCAACAUCUCCCU